CGGUCAAUGAAGUCGUUCCAUGAAUUCGUUCCAUGAAUUCGCCAGUGGCGCUGCCCGAGUUUUGGCUCGACUGACCAGCUCUUUCAACUUCAUCCGAGCUCGAGGAUGUUCCGUGCGGCUCUUUGGGCCCUCUUGGGCGGCGCCGCCGCCCUUGAGCUCACCGAGACUUGCUGCAAAGAGCUUGCGUUGCCACGUUGCCGUGUUUGCCGUGGGAUAACUCAGGAGGCGAACUGGGAUGUGGCGACCUCAUGGGCACAGCAACUGGAAGCGCAAAUGCAACAAACAAGUGGCUAGGCGGAAACGGCCGGGAAGAGCGUCUUCGUCAAGUUCCUGGCACCUUGGUGAGGCCAUUGCAAGAAGCUGAAGCCUGAUUGGGACAAGCUGAUGGAUGAGUUCAAUGGCAGCCCUGGCUCUGUCGUGGCCGACGUGGACUGUACAACAGAAGGAAAGUCCCUAUGCGAGAAGUUUGAGGUUCGGGGGUACCCCACCAUCAAGUACGGGGACCCCGGCGACUUGAAGGACUACCAGGGAGGCCGCGAUUUUGACUCGUUGAAGAAGUUUGCGGAGGAGAACUUGGGGCCGACUUGCGGCCCUGCCAAUUUGGAUCUUUGCAGCGCAGAAGUGAAGAAGAAAGUGGAGUCUUUCAUGGCCAUGUCGUUGGACCGGCUAGAGGGCAAGAUCCGCAACUCCAUUCGAAUCGUGGAGGAGGAGGUGCCCAUCAUGAAGAAGGUCGCGGCUCACUUGAAGAAAUCCAAAAGUGAGCUGUAAGCUCUAGGUACUCAGGUACUCAGCUACUCAGGUACUCAGGUGCUCGGGCACUCUCCAUGUUUCACGGGGUAAAGUAACAAGUCAGUUGCUUGCAAACACUCGGGUUCUUCCGCAACAGACAGUGCGGAAUUCUCUCUGUUCCAAAGCCCAGCCAGUGAAGCAAUCUGCUUAUGAGCAGCUUGCUGAGUGCUUGGGGUGGAGCAGAGAAACCACAGCCGAGCGCAAGAGUCAAAGAGCGCCGGUCACCCUUGGACAUCGCUUGCCCUCGCA